CAGCAGCAGCAGAGCAUUCUGUGAGUCUCUGUCAGAGCUCUGUGGUUUUCCUCUUGGAAAACACUCACCAGUCUGUGCUACAGAUGCAGUCCCUGAAACCGGCAGUUGAAACUCACAUAUAGUCAAUCACCAAGCCUGAGGCUACAACUUUGCUGUUCAUCGGGCUGAGCUGCUGAGACUAAUAGCACAAGAUGAAAGGAGCUGCAAAGGGAGGUCUGGCCAAGCCUGGGCUCCACUGUCCUGAGAAAGGGAGGCCAGUCCCUCCCACCACUGGAGGGAUGAAGACCUCCAAAUCAUCCAGCUCGCUGUCUUCAGAGGUGCGGCUCAGCAAGCUGAAGAGAGCCAGCAGUGAUGACACGUUGGCUAAACCAGGGUUGGGUUCGGCACUGGCUACCUCCAGGAUGAGGAAGACCGUCACCACUGGGGCGAUCUCCGAGCUUGCUGAGGCCAGACCACGGGGUAUCCCAGGAGUUCCGUCUGCAAAGAGGUCUGGGAUUCCAGCCCCUAGAGAAAUACCGUCCACCAUAUCAAGGGACAGAGUUUCACUACGGGAUCAGUUACGGGCAUCUGGCACUAGGAAAAUGCUGCCCAGCACUAGCACUUCAAGCAUUUCAUCACUGAGCAAGCACACCCGCACCCCCGUGAAAACGAAAGCGGACAACGAAGCGAAUGACAAGUCGGUCCUGGAGUGUCAGGUCAAAGAACUCCUCGCCGAAGCCAAAGCCAAGGAAUUUGAAAUCAGCAAGCUGCGCACUGAGCUGAAGCACUUCAAAGACAAAGGGACGCCAGAUGCAGAGUCCCCUGAGAGCCUGGAUCAGGAGAUGGAUCAGGGUCUGUUGACCCAGCCUGCCGAGUUGCAGUCCCUGAUAAAAAUGCUGCGCGAGAAAAACAGAUCUUUCCAGCAUGAGCUUGCAUUGCUCAGGGAGGAAAACCAGCGUGUAAAAGAAAAACUCUUAACGCUGGAAUUGUCACCUCUCUCAAGCAGCGACGGUACCAACAGCUUCCCAGCCUCUUUAGGUAGCCCCACCAAGCAUCCAGUAAAUGGGGUCAUUCUGGACAAUGCAAGGCCUCCCGUCAAUUGCAAUCCUUUAAAGAACUCCACCUCUUCAAGCAGCGAUAUAACCAAGGGAACUCCUUCUCCCGAUUCAUCUGAGUUCGAGAACAUAGUCCCAUCCAGGACUUACUCAGUUAGCAGCGGUAUCGGUAAGGGCAAAUGCUCUAGCGGUCAGAAUACGCCGCACUACUCCAGAGAGCUGUCUAUGGAGUGCCUCACCGAGCAGAUCCAGAAGAUGGAAGAGAGCCACCACAGCACGGCCGAGGAGCUGCAGGCCACCUUACAGGAGCUCUCAGACCAGCAGCAGGUGGUGCAGGAGCUGACUGCCGAGAAUGAGCGCCUGGCCACGGAGAAGUCCCUUCUACAGAGCUCUCUGAGCCAGCAGAGGGAGCGGGUGGAGCACCUGGCCCAGAAGAACGAGGGCCUGAUGAGCCGUCUGCAGGAGCAAUCCCAGAGCGAGGAGGCCGAAGCCAGAGCUGCAAGGAUUAGCGAGCUGGAGCAGAGGUAUUCCGAGCUGGUGGAGAGCUCCAGGUUCGAAAGAGAGAAGUUGGUUGACAUCCAGCAGCAGCUGACAGGCAGCCUGAGAUCUUUGGAGAAGGAGCACCAGGAAAGUCAAGGGCUCAUCAAAAGCUUGAAGGAGGAGAAGGAGCACAUUCAAAGAAAGCUAGAGGCAGAGGAAGAGGCCAACAAUAAGGUUACCAGGAGGUUUGAGGAUUGCACGGCCAUCACAGAGGCACUGAAGGUGGAAAAUGGGAAGCUGAAGGUGCAACUGGAUGUUGAGAAGCAGAAAGUGGUGGAGCUGAAAGCGAUGCGGAGUGCGAGUGAUAAUUCUGAGUUACAGAACCUGCUGAAGGCUGCGCACUCAGAGAAGGAGAGGUUAGACCUAGCUUGCACAGAACUGAAACAGGAGCUGCUGCAGGCCAGCGGGGAAGCAGAUCGGGUGCAGGGAAUGUUGAACAAGGUGGAGGUGGAGCGCCAGCAGCUGCAGCAGCUCUGUGACCAGCAGAGGGAGCAGCUGAGCAGCAGUGCCCACAAGCUGCAGGAGAGGACCUGCGAGAAGGAUUCGGAGAUCAAGGACUUGAAGGAGACCAUCUUCGAGCUGGAAGACCAGGUGGAGCAGCACCGAGCUGUCAAACUGCAUAACAACCAGACCAUCAUGGACUUGGAGAAUCAAGUUAUGAAAUUGGAAGAGCAAAAAGCGGAUCUAGAGAAACGAUUGAAGGCACUAAACAAACAGAUGAAGGAAGACGCAGAGGAGUGGAGGCGGUUCCAGGCUGACCUGCAGACAGCGGUGGUGGUGGCGAACGAUAUCAAGAUCGAGGCUGCGCAGGAGGUGAGGGCACUGCGCAGGAGGCUGCAGGAGGAGCAGGACCACAGCGCCAGCCUGGCCCGGGAGCUGCAGGAGCUGCAGGGGAGCAGUCGGUUUGCAACGUCCCCGGCUAAAGAAGUCUCCAAGAUCCAUCUUUAAGGAUUUCUUGUCAUGGCUCUACUCAAUGGAAAGAGAUCCAGCCUCGGAUCAAGUUAACCUGGAGAGGCGUGCAUGUGUCUUAUUACAAACUGAGCUGGUUUUGAACAGAAACAGCAUUUUCACACAAGUCUUCAUCAGUAUUAAAUGACAAAAAUCAUACCUCCUUUUAUUAUUUGUAUGCCUUGUGGAAAAGACCACUGGAAGAGUAAAUCAGUCUUGUGUGACUGUUUAGACUCUACCGAGUUUUCACUUUCCCCCGAUGUACCUUUUUAUACCAAAUAUAUCUAUUCACUUAAAAACAAACAAGAAUUUUACUAUUUUAUAUAUUUUUGUGUAUGUUACAUUCUUCUAUUUUUCUGAAACUCUGCUUAUGUUUACUGCUUAAAAGUCACCUUAAAUGAUAUUGUGUAUGUUUGUGGAUAGCCUUUCUAGAUAUACAGGGAAUGUAUACCAUGUAUAUUAAUGAUGCCGAUAAUGCAUUUUGUUCCAUAAGAUGUUGUGGAUUUACCACUAGUGCUGUGACCCAGAGACACAAAGGUCAGCCUCUUAAAGCAGCUGAACCAUCACAAAGGAAUGCAGUGUGUGUUCUAAAUGCUGACAGUUCACAUAGAACUGUCAGGCUGAUACUAUGGAGAUACUACCACUUGUAUGUUGCUGGUUUCCUUUCACUUGUUGAAUGUACAGUACCUGUGCUUAUAUACAUAUCUGGAAUCAAAGUUAAAACAUAUCCAUUCUUAACAAUGCAGGUGAACAUAUAUACAGUUUAAAAAUUAUGGUUUGUAUUUAACUAUCAUUUUGAAUACUAUACUGUAUAGAAAAUGUUGCUCUUCUUAGAAUAUAACACCAAGCAUUUGUGAAUUUGGUGAUGUAAAAAUGUGUGUUCACAGGGAUUGUUUGAACUAGUGGAUUUCUUUGUGGUUUGUGACAUGCUGCUUAAGAAACGAUAUUGUAUAUUCACUAUAUUAGGAUAGACAGAUAUUACUUACUCAAUGAAAAAUAAUACUUAAAGUAUGUUAAAAAUGAAAAUUAAAUUAUUUAAUUUAUUGAAAGUACAAUAAUUAUAAGAAUCUUUUGAGUGUAGUAUCAACUUAUUCUGUUAUAGUGACGGCUUCCAAAGCAGUCCAGUCUUUUUUGUUUGGUAUACUUGUUGUAAACUUUAUUAAGUGUAGUACACAUUUUUUACCACUUGGUGGCACAGUCAGAUAAAAUCAUUGCUAAACUGUAUUAAACAGCCCUCCUGAAGGUUUUAUAAGCCUGGGAUGAUACAUGAUGUGUGUUUUGCAGUUGUCUGAGAAGGAGAGCCACAAGCUAACUGUACUAUAGAUUUCAAACAGCUCCAAAUUAACCCUGGGCACACGUCUUAAGUUAUAUAUUUUUCUCUAUAUAAGCAACCCUGACAUAUGGCGAGGAUCUCAGUCAUCAGAUCGUAAUCGUAUUUAAUAGCUAAUGAAAGUAAUUUAUCACCUAGCGCAGCCGUAACAGGUAAACAAAUUAGGAGGAUUAAAGAUAGUACAUGCUGUGACAGAUUGAUUAUACACGUGAUCAACUAGUGUAGCAGGGUAUGACAUGGACAGUCUUGUUUUUAUCUUGGAAUUGUACAUGCAGAGGUGGCGGAACCAGUUUUUGCUUUAUCAUUAAAUAGCUGUUUGUUGUUGUUUUUUUUAUAUACAGUUGGCAGAUACGGAAUCGAUUCCCUGGUAUAUGUGCACAGAAAUGUAGUAGCAGUAGCUGAAUUGUAUCCGAUAUUGGAUAUAGAAUCAUAACUGCCAGGCACAGCUUUAGGAAAUCCUAGCAGAAUUCAUUACUGUUGCUGUUCUCCAGACAUCAUUGCUAUAAAGCCCAGUACAUGUGAUGUAAUUUAUUUAUGUAAAAGUAUACAGAACCCUAAGGAGAGCCCAUGUUGUAAAGAUUUGAAUAGUGGCGGUUUUCAGAGGUGCGUCCGUGUAAAUUUAACAGUGGGUGCUGGUUCCUACAGGAGAUUUAGUGCUGGCACACAGGGAAUGGCUUUCAAAUGGAGUUAAUGACCUCCUAUCUUUCACGUUAAGUCCAGAGCAACUAGUGAUUAACGUGACAUGGCCUGCCUCUGAUCAGCUUCCUGUUGUUCUACCCCGAGCAAGUUCAAUAGCUGUGAUGUCUAGGGACUGCGGUGACCCUGUUAUAUACUUCAGCACAAGCUCCUUUUCUUCCUGUUCACAUAACCUCUGAAGGGUGAAGGGUCAUUCCCCAGAAAAUAAUUGGACAUCCCCUUGAAGCUAUUCUUGAUGCACAAGAAUAUGAUGCUUUAAUGCACAAGAAUAGGAUGCCUUGAGAGUAUCUGCUACUCAGUUUGAUGUGUUAAAAUUGUGUUUUAUAUACAGUGCUGUGCUUGAAUGUUUCCUGCUGUAAUUAAUAAUUUUUAAAAUCUGUAGAUGCAUUUUUUUUUUUUUUUUUACAUCGCCAUUACUUGAGUGUUUCUUUGUGAAACGAUUAUCUGAAAUGUGUAAGUUAUACACAUCUGCAUUGUGGAAUCCUUUGUGUAUAGCAAAGUGUUAUUGUGUAAUGUUUUGAUCAUGUAUUAAUCUGUAUUAAUCUGUUUGUAAAAUGAAAUUGAAGCCCUCUGCGUGCCUUUAGACCAAUACAAUUGCACACAAGAGGCCCUCAUUUUAAUGUAUUAUCCAAGGACAGGGGUUUUGAAAGAUUACAGUAAAGCCAUAUACCUACAAAGUUUGCUACCAAUGUGCCACAAUCGUGAAUUGAAGGGUGAGAGAAUUGUUUGGGCAGUUUGCCAGGGGUUGGCCAGUCCUUGAACUUGGAGCAUGUGGAACCAAAGCCUUAAACUUGAAAUCUAUAAAGAGAAACGAAAUCCCUGUCGACCACUGUGACACACAAUCACUAGCCAGGGCUCUUACUGGACUACUCGAAUACCCAAUGGUUAGUUUUUAUUUUUUUUUAUGUUUUGCCAAAAAGAAAUUUACAGGAAACAAUGUUGUUGUUGUUGUUGUUGUUGUUGUUGUUGUUUUUUAUCAUUUAUCGUUGUUAUUCUGUACAAAUGUGUACCUUUUUCAAUGUAAUAAAUACGAAAAUGUUUGUAACUA